GAAAAAGAUAUUGGAUAUAGGAUACCUUGUGUACUUAACCCGCGGAUUUCGAUUCUCUGACAAAAGACCCGUGCCUACCACUCCGUGUUCUCUCUUAGUGUGAAAUGUUUAGUUAACCGUGUAUAUUGUGGUUUCCGGUAUUACUGUCGAUUACACUUGUUACACCGGUACUUGUGUCCUUUCUAUAUUACAGGUGUAACUGAUACUGAAAGGACGUCUAUUUUAUUAUUUUUAUCAUCGAAUUGCCUCAAACAAUGCCGAAAAUAAAAAAGCGAUCUCUCGAUAAUAAUCCAAAUGUUCUCUGUUCUCGUGAUGUGUCGAAAAUUCGCAAACUAAUGCGGAAAAAUGUCGAUGAUGAUGAUGAUGAUGAUGAUGAAAAAUUAGUUAUUUCAAAAUCUUUAACUGAUAACAUGGCAGUUAUGCAAUCAGAAUCAGAUGAUGCUGAAGACGAAUCUGAGAUGGAAGAAGAGUUUCAACUUGAUCUUCCUGAUUUUGAUUUAUAUGAUGGUGGUGAUGUUAUGGAAGAUGAUGAAGAUUGGAAGAAAUUUUUCAAAUCAACCAGUGAAAACAAAGAACUUGUGACAGAACUUCGAAAAAAUUUGACUGAAUCAAAAUUAAAGAUUUCUGAAGAUAUGUCUCAAUACACUGGUAGUGUAAUUGGUGAUUUAGACGCAGUAAGAGGAUUUGAAGAUUUAAAUGAACUUCCAGAAGAAUUACGUGAUCAUUUAAAUCUUUUAAUUGAUGUACUUCGAAGUUAUCGAAGUGGACCAUUGCCAAAAACAGUGAAAAUGUUACCACAUUUAGAUGGAUGGGAUAGUUUGUUAGAAAUGUUAAAACCAUUAGAAUGGUCAGUUCAUGUAUAUCCACGUAUUGUUAAAGUGUUUUCAUCCAAAGGUCAUGAACCAGCACAUCACUUUUAUGAAUCGUAUCUAUUACCUAAAGUAAAACAAGAUAUUGAAGAAAAUAAACGUUUAUGUGUUCAUUUAUUUGAAGCAUUAAUUGCAUCUAUGUUUCGACCAGAAGAAUUUGUUUCUGGUAUCUACCUACCUUGGGUUCAGUCAGAAAUGUCUAAAACUGAAGGUGUCAUCUUGUCCAAUUUAAUUAAAAGAGCAACAUUAAAAUCACGUUUCGCUGCAGUCGCCCUUGCUCUUACACUGGAAGAGGAUUUUAGCAUUCCACGAUCAAUGGUUAUUGAAACAUUUUUAAAUAAAAAGUAUCAUUUACCAGAAGCUGCUGUUCAAAGAAUUAUUGAUUAUUUUAUUAGCUUUGAUAAAGAUUGCACUGUUUACUUCACUGAUGAGAAACGUAUGCCGCUGACUUGGUUUAAAAGUUUAUUGGUAUUUUUGGAGUUUUAUAGGCAUUGUAUUAACCCGUCUCAACGUGAAAAAUUACUCAAAUUAUGUCGCCGUCAUGAACAUCCACAAUUAACACCAGAAAUUCGAAGCUUCCUGGGAACUAUUCAGUCUAACUAACAGAAUUUUUUUAACAACAAAACGUUAUGUAAAUACAUUGAAUUUGAUAAAAUAUUGGCAGAUUUUGUUCUUAUA